AUGAAGAUUGAGAAUUGUGUUAGACGAAAUAGCAAAGUUAUCGGUGAAAAAAUAGCACGCAGCAAUCCACAAUAGCAGGGUUAAAUUCAACAUUUUUUUAUCAACUAUUGCGCGCUUCGCAGUUAUCUUCUCGUAAACAAUCUUUCGAAGUGCGUUCGAUACGAGUGCAGUAGAUUUUAAGCAUGGAAAAACAAAAUACUGUUGUUCUGGAUAUUGGAGCAUGUAACUUAAAAAUUGGCACUGACGAUGGAAUUCGGAACAUCCCAAACUGCAUCUUCAAAUCAAAAAUGGAAAGGAGGAAAUCAUUCAUUUCAGGCCAGAUUGAUAGCUGCAAAGAUCAUUCUGGUCUUUUCUACCUUCUCCCUUUUCAGAAAGGAUAUCUUGUGAAUUGGGAUGUCCAGAAACAAGUUUGGGAUUAUGCUUUUGGAAAAGAUGUAUUGAAUUUGAAGCCUGCAGAUACCUCAAUCAUAUUGACAGAACCACAUUUUAAUUUUCCUACAAUACAAGAGGCAAUGAAUGAAAUAUUCUUCGAAGAAUACGAAUUCCAAAGUAUUCUGAGAACAAAUGCAACUACAUUGUCAUAUAGAAAAUAUGAAGAAGAAUUUCCGUUAGAGAACUGUUGUAUAAUCGUCGAUGCUGGUUAUUCAUUCACACACAUUGUUCCUUAUCAUGCAGGAAAGAAAAUUACAAGUGCACUUUGCAGAAUUGAUGUUGGUGGGAAAUUACUGACAAAUCAUUUGAAAGAAAUAAUUUCAUAUCGACAAUUACAAGUUAUGGAUGAAACCUAUGUAAUGAACCAGGUGAAAGAAGACUCAUGUCAUAUAAGUAUGGAUUUUUUUAAAGAUAUGGAAAAAUCAAAACUAAAGGGAGAUGCAAAUCCAUUGCUUUGUGAAUAUGUACUUCCUGAUUAUACGCAUAUCCACAGAGGAUUUAUAAAAAAAAAGGGAGCAGGUAGUGAAAAAAGUAGCAAAACUCAAGAGCAGACCAUCAGAUUAGCAGGCGAAAGAAUAUCUGUACCAGAGGUGCUGUUCCAUCCAUCCGACAUUGGCAUACCUCAAAUGGGAAUUCCUGAAGCAAUCGUCCACAGCAUUGAAAAAUGUCCUGAAGAACUUCGUCCACACAUGUAUAGAAAUAUAGUUUUAACGGGAGGAAGCUGCAACUUUAAAAAUUUCAAGGAGAGGGUUGAAAGAGAAGUCAGAAGUUUGGCACCGUCACUGUAUAAAGUCAGAGUUACAAUGUCAGACAGACCUCAAGAGUAUGCAUGUGCAGGAGGGCUGGCAUGGUCAACAGCAGAUCAUUUUCGAGAACAUCUUCUUACAUUAGAAGAAUAUCAGGAGGCCGGUCAGAGUGCUUGUCAACGACAGUUCAUUGACAUCUGAGAGGUAGGAGUCAUCCUUUCACAUUGAGAUGAAAUCGUCUUUCAAAUGGUUCAACCGUUGGUUGGUUGUCUUCUUGCUGUCAUGAUAAGAAAUCCACAACUUCUUCAAGUUCUCGUUGCCUUGCUUCACCAUGGGCCCAUCGAUCUUCU